AUGCGCACACAUCAUUCAUCAGAGGGCGGCACCCCCCCAACAAUGCAGCCAGUACCCGUCCCCAGGCAGGGGCCGCCAAGGAGCCAGGCAGUCCAGAGACCCCGGGCACCAAGCGACCGCAGCCAGAAGGCCGCCGCCCCCCCAGAGGCCACUCACACACUCAAUCAUCCUAUGCGGUCGAGGGGGCAUGGACCCGGGACCAGCCGCCCCAAAGCCCCCAAACAGAGACGUAGCAAUCACCGGCGCAGUGCCACCCCGCAGUACAAGACCCAGCGACCAGCACCCCCGCCCCUGGCCCCAAUCGCCACCACAGCCGCACCCCACCACCGCACCCUGAGAGAACCCCCGGCGACACCCCCCACCCCCCGUAGGGGCAGCAACCCCCCAGCCACAUCUGCAGCCCCCAUCCCCCACCGCCACCACUACCACACCACAGCCCUCCCUCAUUCACCAAACAUACAUCGGCAAGUCCAGGCCAGCUCCCCCCCCCCCCGGGAGGGGCAGCACCCAAACCCCAGGACCCAGGAACCCCACCCCACCCACCACCGACCAGCCCAGCCACCCAACCCAGGGGACGCUGGCCACCGACCCAGGCCCAACCCAGAGCCCCCUGCCCCACCACCACAGGGUAACCCCGGCAGCGGGUCCACCCCCGCCCCAACAGGGACAAAUACCGAGCCGCCCCCAGAGCAGGGCAGUCCAGACCCCCACUCCGAGGGACCACUAGUGACCCGCAGCCCCGCGGCACUUCCUGCAGCUUAUUGA